CCGCGUCCUCCGCCUCCUCCUCCUCCCAGGCUCCUCUCGGGUAAACAGCGAUGGCCGCAGACGAAGGAGGCGGGGAGCAGGAGAACAACAUGGGGAACCACUUGCAACUCAUCCCUGCAGAGAGUGAGGAAGAGGAUGACAUUGAAAUGGAAGUCGAAGAUCAAGACAGCAAGGAGACUGAAAAGCCAAACACCAUUAAUUUUGAUACAAGCCUGCCAACUUCACACAUGUAUUUAGGAUCAGAUAUGGAAGAAUUUCAUGGAAGAACCGUCCAUGAUGAUGAUAGUUGUCAAACAAUUCCAGUUUUGCCCCACGUGAUGGUAAUGUUGAUUCCUGGGCAAACACUGCCUCUUCAGCUCUUUCAUCCCCAGGAAGUUAGCAUGGUGCGGAACUUAAUACAAAAAGACAGAACGUUUGCUGUUCUGGCGUACAGCAAUAUACUUGAAAGGGAAGCACAUUUUGGAACAACAGCUGAAAUUUAUGCCUACAGAGAAGAACAGGAGUAUGGAAUUGAAACAGUCAAAGUAAAAGCAGUGGGAAGACAGAGGUUUAAAGUGCUUGAAAUACGAACUCAAGCAGAUGGAAUACAGCAGGCAAAAGUGCAAAUCCUUCCUGAGCGAGUGCUGCCUUCAACAAUGUCAGCAGUGCAGCUGGAGUCUCACAGCAGAUGCCACCUAUUUCCUUCUUCCAAGCCUGCAGCAUGGCAGGAUCAACGUACACAUCAAUGGCGGCAGAAAUAUCAAAAGCGCAAGUUCCCACGUGCCAGUUUGACUUCGUGGCCACUCCUGGUGUAUUCGUUAUAUGAUGCUGAAACCUUGAUGGAACGAAUCAAGCUGCAACUGCAUGAAUGGGAUGAAAAUCUUAAAGAUGAGUCACUUCCAUCAAAUCCUAUAGAUUUUUCAUACAUGGCUGCUUGUUUGCCUAUUGAGAUUGCACUACGAAUUCAGUCAAAAAUUGGUAGUGCUGUUCAGCGACUGCGAUGUGAACUAGAUAUCAUGAAUAAAUGUACAUCUCUCUGCUAGCAUUGUCAAGAUACAGAAAUAACAACUAAAAAUGAAAUAUUCAGGUGA